UAUUUCAAUUUUCAGGUGUGGUCGCUCAUGGAUGCCGAAUCACUGGUUCUUUUUCGCUGAAAUCCUGUUUCCUCUCUCAAAUCUCCACCCAUAUUAUCGUCUCAUCUGUAUUUCAGCAAUCGCCGCCGACCAGUUCAUACCCCUUCCGCGUCUUCUAUUAGGUUUGGUUAAGAAGGUUUGGUAAUGGCAACAGCUUCAUAUCCGCCUCCACCACCUUACUACCGUCUCUACAAGGAUUACUUAGAAAACCCCAAAUCAGCUUCUGAGCCUCCUCCUGCUAUUGAAGGCACCUAUGUUUGCUUUGGGGCCAAUUACACUACUGAUGAUGUGUUACCAACCUUGGAAGAGCAGGGAGUGCGUCAGUUGUAUUCUAAAGGACCCAAUAUUGAUUUCAAGAAAGAACUGAGGUCACUUAACAGAGAACUGCAGCUGCAUAUUUUGGAGCUUGCUGAUGUUCUUGUUGAAAGACCGUCACAAUAUGCUAGAAGAGUGGAAGAGAUAUCCCUUAUAUUCAAGAAUUUGCAUCACCUCCUUAAUUCAUUGCGUCCCCAUCAGGCUAGAGCAACACUAAUUCACAUACUCGAGCUUCAGAUACAACGUCGUAAACAGGCUGUGGAGGAUAUUAAGAGGAGGAGAGAAGAAGCACAGAAGCUUCACAAGGAGUCCCUUGGUACCUUAGAUGGGCACUACUAGCCCCCUUAAUCUUGGUGUGAAUCCCAUCCUGUGGAGAUUUGGGAGGAAAAACUUUGCAGCUGCAAGCCUGCAACCAAGCAUUCAAAUACAUUAAUUAAUGUUCUAGUAUUUAAUUGAAGCAUGUAUAUCCAUACGGGAGAAUUAAUGGUCGGCUUAUUCGUGUUUCCCACCUUCGGACCACCAUGAGAAUUUUCAAUCGUGGGAUUUCAGCCGUGGGCUGGGACAAGAAAACUCGCAUAAAAGGAGGAAAAAAAUAACACUAGCGAGGUCCUUCAUUGUUGGG